AUGGAGCUUAUGCCACCUCGGCUGGCCGAGAUUCUGCAUUCUGUUAUUAUGAAUACGCGUGGCAGCAGGGCUUUGAUAAUGGAGUUAGCCGAUAGUAAUGUUGGUGAUGAGCUGCACAAAUUGGAAAAUUUUUUUGGCCUUCCAUAUCUGAUGCUAAUACGACUAAUCAGUCAUCUUGUGCAAGGAUUAUCUUAUUUGAACUCUGAAAAGAUUGCUCAUCGCGAUUUGAAACCAGAAAAUAUAUUGAUUUUCAAUCAACCAGACGGGAUGAAAUUUAAACUUUGUGAUUUUGGUGGUUCGAGAAUUGUUACAGAUAACUGCCAACCAUUACAUUCCAUUUGUGGUACUCCUGGAUAUUUGAAUGUAAAUAUAACAGCAAAUUUAGCGCAUAACACAAAGGCUUUGCCAUAUACGAAGGAUGAAUGUGAUCUGUGGUCAGUGGGUAUUACAUUAUUCAAAUGUGCCACCGGUGUUCUACCAUUCAUACCAGCUAAUGGAUGUGCGGAUACAGUUGGUAUGCACAGUAUGAUGAUUAAUCGGCCGGCCGAUGCCAUCUGUGGGCAUGUCAGUGAAGAUGGCAGAUUUGUAUGGGAGAAAGAUUUUCCAAAAGGACGUUGCUUAUAUCCAAGAACGUUUCGAAGAGUGCUUCGUGAAUUUUUUCGUCGCCUUUUUGAUAAACGUGAGGCAACACGGCUGACAUUCGAAACAUUCGCCGCGAUGUGCGAGGAACUGAUUGGAUUGAGGCGAAUUCCCGUUUUCAAGACCAAUAUAAUGCUUUUUGAGGAUUACUUUGACACAUCCCACGUAAAGCUCUUUGAAAACGCUCUAGCUGCUCUGGUUGCGGAAUUAUGUGCUGUUGACUUUUGCUGCCACUGGACUAUUUCGUAA